GUACUAGUGAUUCUCAUUACCCCAGUGGUUACAUUUAUGGAAAUUAACAUUCAUACUCCUCUUAAGCUCAUUAUAAUCAGGAUACAGAUAUAUCUGGAGGAGCUUUCGGUCUCCUCUAUCUACGAUGUGAAUUUCGUGUGUUGUCUUCCUUAGUGUACCUCAGUACAAAUUUGUGCGCUACGAAUUCGAGAUGGCACUUCGGUGUGUUUUCCGGAAGCUAACACCUUUGGUUUCCUCGGGGUUUUCCAGGAAAGUUGGAACGGCCACUCAUUAUGUGCCUUCAUUUGAGACAGUGCACAUGCCAGAAACUAAGGUUACCACCUUAAAAAGCAAUGGGUUUAGAAUAGCUUCUGAAGACUGGAAUACACCCACUUGCACAGUUGGUGUAUGGGUGGAUGUCGGCAGUCGCUAUGAAACGGAAUCCAAUAAUGGAGUUGCCCACUUUCUAGAACAUAUGGCAUUUAAAGGAACUGAUAAAAGGAGCCAGCAGUCUUUGGAACUGGAAGUUGAAAACAAAGGUGCCCAUCUGAACGCAUAUACAUCUCGCGAGAUGACUGUAUAUUAUGCAAAAUGUUUUGUUGAGGACCUACCGUGGGCUGUCGAGCUGUUGUCUGACAUACUGAAAAACAGCAGGUUCGAAAGUAGUCAAGUGGAACGUGAAAGAGGAGUAAUUUUGCGUGAAAUGGAGGAGAUUGAAAGUAAUUACCAAGAGGUUGUUUUCGACUACCUUCAUGCAACUGCUUACCAAGGGACUCCUCUUGGAAGGACAAUACUGGGUCCAGUUGAGAACGUCAAGUCCUUAAAGGCUGAAGAUAUGCGCGAUUUUGUCAGACAAAAUUAUAAGGCUCCACGAAUGGUACUGAGCGCCGCAGGAGGAAUCGAUCACAAUAAGCUCUGUGAGCUAGCCGACAAACACUUUGGAGACUUCCCAGCCUCGUACAGGGAAGGUGAAGGAAUGCCAAACAUCCAGCAUUGUCGCUUUACUGGCUCCGACAUUCGUGACAGAGAUGAUGCUAUGCCUUUGGCGCAUGCUGCCCUGGCCUUUGAGGGUCCUGGGUGGUCGAGCCCAGACACACUGGCACUGAUGGUUGCCAGUAGUUUACAUGGUGCAUGGGAUAGAAGCUAUGGAGGUGGAUCUAACGUUGCCAGCAAACUUGCAGCUAGGUUUUUCAAAGAAAGUUCAGUACACAGUUUCCAACAUUUCUUUACUUGCUACCACGACACAUCAUUAUGGGGAGUUUACCUGACUUCAGAAAAAAUGGGUUUGGGAGAAUCUGUCUUAGCGUUUAUGAAAGAAUUUAUUCGUAUGUGUACCCAGGUCACUUCACAUGAAAUUGCUAGAGCCAAAAAUCAGUUGAAGACACAUCUUCUUUUGCAGUUGGAUGGUACAACUCCUAUUUGUGAAGAAAUAGGUCGACACAUGCUUGUUUAUGGUCGUCGUAUACCUGUAACUGAAUUAUUGGCCAGAAUAGACGCACUCACGGAUGAACAUAUUCGGGAAACAUGCACAAAAUACUUCUUUGAUAAAUGUCCUGCCGUCGCAUCCAUUGGUCCAGUAGAAACAAUGCUUGACUAUGGUCGAAUUCGUGAUCAAACUUGGUGGCUGCGUUUGUAGGGAAACAAUUUUGUUUGUUUGUUUAAAAAAUUGCCUAGAGAGACUUUUGUUUGUCAGAAAAAGAAGAAGGAGAAGCGUCGCAUUAUAUUACAGUUACUGUACACAAUUUAAUGAAUCACGCAGUUAGUUCUGUGAUUUAUAUUAUACAACCACAACAAUAUUGUCUUGUGUGUUUUAGUUAGUAAUAUAUGACGACUUUUGAAAUGUAAAAUAUGGGAUUACACUAUGAGAUAUUUUUUUCUGAAAAAUUAGAUAGUGUUUCAUAUUGUCGGUUAUCUUUUACCACUAGUUUUUGUUUUUAGUUGGGAUAUAAUCGAGAAAAAUUGUAUGUGGAUCAUAAUAAUUCUCAG